AUGGAUCAAACUAAUACUCCCGUGCUAUAUUUUAAUGAUAAAAAUAAAAAAGAUGCGUUAGGAGACUUAGAUGUGGCUUUCUUAAGAGAUAACGAGAGGUGGGUGGAGGCAUAUAAGACUGUUCAAUGGAAUGACAUCACAUCUUUAGACAAUCUGAUAAAAAGGACCGAACAGCUGGUAAUCAAAUACAAGAAUCCAAAUAGCGCUAUUAAAAUUGCCAUAGAGAGGAUAUUUGAAGAAGUCUUGGGCAGAUACCCAUUAUUAUUUGGAUACUGGAAGAAAUUUACUGCUGUUCAAUAUCAAUUAAAUGGGUUGGAAAAAUCCCUUGAAGUAUUAUCUACAGCGGUAGAUGCCUUUCCACACUCGCUAGAACUCUGGUGUGAUUAUCUGAACGUGCUUCUUGCGAAUAGUGCAGACAAAAUUGAUCAUAUUCGAACAAACUUCCAACUGGGUAAAAAGCAGGUGGGAUACCAAUUCCUAUCUCAUCCUUUCUGGGACAUGUAUAUAAAAUUUGAAACAGAUCAAAAGCAGUGGGAAAACGUUGCAGAACUUUAUCAAUCAAUCAGCAAAAUUCCGCUGCAUCAAUACGCCAGAUAUUACAGCUCCUACAAGGCCUUUUUAACACAACACCCGGAAGUACAACCCACCGAUGAUGUCGAAAAGAUUUUUGCUAAGACACAAAAAAUGGUGAAUGAAAUUUGGAAAUACGAGUCGCAGAUCAAACAAAGCUUUUUCAACUUAAGCGUAGUAGGCGAGAAAGAGCUAGACAACUGGGAUACCUACUUAUCCUUCAUAAUAAAACGAUCAGAGUAUAGUAAGGACUUAGUGAAGUCUGUUUUUGAACGGUGCCUGAUACCUUGUCAGUUCUACGAGUAUUUUUGGUUGAAAUAUGCUUCCUGGUCGAAAAAUACUUCCAGCUUUGAGGAAAAUAUUGAUGUGUUCGAAAGAGGCUCUAAAUCUCUCCCGCUUGACAAGAAACAGUUUCGCUAUGGCUAUCUUGAGUUUCUGAAGCUCUCCAUGAGAAGAAACAAAGAGUUCGUCCGGCACAUGAUCUUUGCUGUCCUGGAGACUUACGUUAAAUAUUGGCCCCACGAUAUUCAAUUAAUGGCUUACUGUUUAUUUUCAAUCAAAAGGCUGAAUUUCUCCUCUAGUUUGACACAUGAGGAUCAAGAGAUAUUGAAGCAGCAGUCAGAUUAUGCGAGCUACCUGGAGAAGAAUAUCAAUCAUUUUCUUGGGAAAUCCUUCGAAGGAGAUCAUCAAUUACUAAAUAUUAUGAAUAAGUCAAACGUUGCGCUUGUUAUUGUGGAACUAAUCAAGGUCACAUACUUGACAUUAAAAAAUAACAUUAAAACUAAGAAACUAUUUACCUCUUUUGGAGCUACUCCGCUUCUCCAAGACUCCGUAACAUUUUGGCUAAUGUACUACAGGUUUUUGAAAGUUUCAUUGGACUUCUCUGAGAUCGAAAUUUUCAUCACAAGGCUUGGUACGGAUAUUUUUCUCCCCACUUCAAUCAGCAACGACAUUAUCACUGAUUAUAAAUCUUUCUAUUAUACUAAUGCGAAUAUCAUGACGCAUGAGCAAUCCAUGAUACAAAAUCAACCCAGAAGAACUUUAGAUCCACUUGUUGAAAUAGAUCUAAAAAUUAACGAUCCUCAAUUUAAAGGAACUACAGAGAAAUAUGUUAAAACUGAGUGGCAAAAAUCUCCCGUCUACAAAGAAAAUGGUCACAUAGGAAUAUCGAUUGAAAGACCAUCCAUAUCAAAUACAAUUAUUGAACAAGACUCCAAACUAUUUGAAAAUACUCCUCCCGCAUUACCUACCUUUAAAAAUCUCGAAAAAAUGAACAAGACACCAAUAUAUAUAGAUCAUUCAAUUCAAGACCUUACUCCAGGAAGCUAG